CUCCUUCAGACGCCGCAUUCCUCCUACUGGCUCUAAAAACAGUUCUUUCUUCCAGGUCCACCAUGGCGGGGCAUCUCCUCCUUCAGGGUGCAGUGAUCCUUUGGCUGGUGCAGGCAGCCUACACGGGUGGUUACAGUCCAGCAUCCAGGGUCUCCAAUGGACAAGGACCUCAGUCUAAUGGAUAUAAACCCCAGAAUGGUGGCGGAGUGGAAACGUUAUCGAUGCCAUCAAAAGGUGUGGGUCGGGCGAUGGGGCCACGGAAUGGAUAUUCUGGAUAUCCUACGAAGGGAGUAGGUUAUGGACCAGCAGCUGAAGUGACAAAUGGCCAGAGUGGAAAACAACAGGGAGGAGGAAUUCCAACUCUUUUAAACAGAAAUGGAGGAUAUGGACUCAACUCAGGAUAUGGCCUAACUAAUGGACAACAAAUGAAAGCUGGUUACGGCGCUCAAGCUGGUGGAUACGGUGGGCAAGGGACUAAAGGCAACGGAUAUGGACUCAAAGCCGGCCCGACCUCUGGACAACAAAUGAAAGCUGGUUAUGGUGGAUAUGGAGGACAAGGAACUAAAGGCUAUGGUAAUCCUGCUGCUGCUGCUGCACGUAAUGGACUCGCAACCAAGGGCAAUGGAGGAAAUCCAGCAGUUUUACCCAGCAGAAAUGCAGGAUAUGGACUCAAAGCUGGUCCGACCUCUGGACAGCAAAUGAAAGCUGGUUAUGGUGCUCAAGCUGGUGGAUAUGGUGGACAAGGAACUAAAGGCAAUGGUGACGCUGCUGCAGCUGCUGCACAGGACGGGCUUGCAACAAAAGGCAACGGAUAUGGACACCAAAUCGGCUCAAACAAUGGACAACAAAUGAAAGCUGGUUAUGGUGCUCAAGCUGGCGGAUACGGUGGACAAGCAUCUAAUGGCAACGGAUAUGGACUCAAAGCUGGUCCGACCUCUGGACAGCAAAUGAAAGCUGGUUAUGGUGCUCAAGCUGGUGGAUAUGGUGGACAAGGAACUAAAGGCAAUGGUGACGCUGCUGCAGCUGCUGCACAGGACGGGCUUGCAACAAAAGGCAACGGAUAUGGACACCAAAUCGGCUCAAACAAUGGACAACAAAUGAAAGCUGGUUAUGGUGCUCAAGCUGGCGGAUACGGUGGACAAGCAUCUAAUGGCAACGGAUAUGGACUCAAAGCUGGUCCGACCUCUGGACAGCAAAUGAAAGCUGGUUAUGGUGCUCAAGCUGGUGGAUAUGGUGGACAAGGAACUAAAGGCAAUGGUAAUGGUGCUCAAGCUGGUGGAUAUAAUGGACAAGGUGUAAAAGGAAAUGGAUAUGGACUCAGACCCGGUACAACCACAGGAAAACAGAUGAACGGUUAUGGCGCCCAAACUGGUGUUUAUGGUGGAACUAAAGGCAAUGGUAAUGCUGCUGCUGCUGCGCGUAAUGCACUUGCAACUAAAGGACAGGGAGGAGCAGGGAGCAAACCCAUGAAGGGUUAUGGCCGACCCCCUUAUGGACAAGGGCCAGGAGUUGGCAUGGGAGCGUUCAGAAGCUUGGGAGUACCUCAGCUCGCCAGAAACCAGGGGAAGGCUUAUGGCGGUGAUGGGUACAAUAGUUACAGACCUCAGCCCGUUGGAGGUGGUUACGGCAGGGCUGGUAUGGCUCUGGGUCAUCACUAUGGAGGUCAAGGAAUGAAAGGACCAAUGCAAGGUUAUGGAAACCCGAGUGGUGGAACUGCCAAACUUGCAAAACCAGGGUUUGGUAAUCUUCCAAAUGGCUAUGGCUCUAAACCCAACGGAUACGGAGGUCCCAAUGGAGGUGUACCGAGUCCUUUACCAGGUUUUGGGAAUGGAGUUGUUCCCAGUGGAUUUGGCUCAAAACCCAAUGGCUACGGAGCUGCAGCUGGAGCCGGAGCUUUCAAAGGAUAUGGCCCCAGAUCUAACGGUCGUGGAUUUGGAAAUGGUGCUGCUCUGGGCGGAUAUGGAGCUCAACCUAACGGUUAUGGCACGAUGCCAAAUGGAAAGGGUCAAGCCGUAAAAGGUGCAGGUGUCUCCAGUGGAAUGAGCCUUAAAGGUGGAGUUUUCUCUGCUCCGCAGCAGACUGCAGCAAUGGGGGGUGUUACGCCCCAACAAAUGGUCUCUCAAGGUCAAAUCCCUGCUGCCCCUGAGCCCACAAGGGGCAUCUUUGGAAUGGUCACACAAGACAGGUACCAACAGCUGCCUGCGCCACAAGGAAAAAACUACAAACAGAAACCGUUCCUCCCUGAGGCGACUCCAGAACCAGCAGCAUUUCCUGCAGCUAGAGACCUGGGACCUGGACCUCAGUCUGCACUCAAAGGCCUCCAGGACAAGGGUCAGAAAGGAGCCACGUUUGGACCAGUGGUUCAGCAGAGCCAACCAGGAUUUGAACCAGCAGCAGUUCUUCCUCAAGAGAGCAGAGGAGCUUCAGGCUAUAAGGGACAAGGACAUAAAGCAGCCAAAAUCGGUUACGGCACAGGAGGCCCCUCUUUCCCUGGAUUAAUGAACAGAUUUGGAGCAGGGCUUGGGUAUCCGUACGGUGGGAAAACUGCGCAACCUGGUUAUGGACAAGGAGCCUACCCUGCACCUGCAUAUGGAAAUGCCUAUGGAAAUGGCUAUGGUGCCCAACCUGACUAUGCCAGUAAGGGUCUUGGUCAAGGUUUGCCCACUGCUGAUGGUAAAUCAGGUGGAACCAGACAGCUUCCAUUUAAUGGCGCUCCAGUGGUUCCUGCCAGGCUGGACGGAAAGGGUCAGUUUGAGCCCCAGUCCGCUGGUCUUGGUCCAAAUGGAAAUUUAGGCAACACGUAUGGUGGUUUGGGUGGUCCAACUUUUGGAAUGGGUGCAGAGAAAUCAAACGCCAAGUAUGGUGUUGGUGGACAGCAGUUUGACGCACAGCCUAAGAGCGCAGGCGUUGGUGCUGCUGGAAACUAUGGUUAUGGAGUUAACCCCUAUGGCCCUUCGGGUGAAGGUAAAUCAUCUGGAAAAUAUGGUGGUCUUGGUGCUGGCAUGGGAGGGGUUCCUGCCCCUGCAAAUUACGGAUAUGGCAGUCUACCCAACGGUGGGCAGCCUGUUGGCACUAAAGGAAAUGCACCCGGAAAAUAUGGUUAUGGAAGACUCCCUUAUGCAGUUCAACAAGCCAGACUGGGACCUGAAGCUAAAUCUACUGGCCAAUAUGGUCUGAUUGGGUCACAAUAUCAGCCUGAAGCUGUUGGUCUCGGACCUAACGGGAUGUCGACAGGAAAAUAUGGUGGACAGGAGACUCCGUAUGUGCCACAAAAUCUCGGCUUCGGGAGUGAAGCACAAUCUGGGAAAUAUGAUGAACAGAGAGCGUACAAAUCCCAGUCUCUUGGGUCUGCAGCUGAAGCUGGUCUAACCUAUGGUCCCCAGACCCUGGAGCCAGAUUCAGCUGAGAAAUCGUACGUUAAAGGAGUGGUGCCCACUCCAGCACUCGCAGUUGAACAAGAGGGAAUGCCCAUUAAUAGAUAUGAAAAUGUGGCCUACAUAAAUGCACAAAUGCAGCAAGAAGUUGGUGCGUUCCCUGCUGCUGCCUCUCCCAGCCCCGACCCAUCAGUCCCUUUGGAGUAUUUCACACCUGACGAGAUACUUGGGGGUGUCCAGGACUUACCCGGCUCCGAGAGCAGAGCCAGCCUCGGCGAGUCUGCACCAAACACAGAAACACUGGGAGAGGCUCAGGCGUCCGAGCACCCUGAUGACCCGCAGCAGCUGCCGCGCCAGAUACAUAUUCAGCAGCACCUCAAACUGCAUUUUCACUCUCAAGAAGCAAAGGAUGGGAAAUAUGAUUUGAAUGGCUUUCUUGGCAAUCGUGGCUAUCAAGGCUGAUCCGGCGGCUGUCUGAUGGAACAAGUAUAAUCCCUUUUGUUUUACCGUUUUUUGAUGGUUAAAUGUUUCAAAGUUGUAUAUUUUAUAUUUUCCUCUCUCAACUAGUGCUGGUAGUUUCAUGUUUGUAAGUAUGUGGAUGAACUAUUUCAACUUCACUUUUAGGUUUUCUGUUAUUGUGUUUCCAUGCGUCAUCGUUUUUGUCCUGCACUUACUGUUCAUUGUGUGCAAAGAAAUUGUUGUUGGACAAAUGCAGCUUGUCCGCUGCGCGUGAUCUUGUUUUGUUUUACUGAAGCUGUCAUUUUUGAAUGAAUGAAUGAAUUGUCUUUAUUGUCAUUGUACCAGUACAACGGAAUUGGCAGGUUUGUUAGGAUGUCAAAAUAUUUCUGCCAAAAUACUGUAAUAAUCAGUUUAAUUUAUUUUCCAUAGGAAAAAUACUUGAUGAAACAGUCUGUUUAUUAUUGUACAGUAUUUGAUUAAAACCAUUAAAAAGA